AUGCGGUGUAUAGCUGCUAAUCGAUCAGUAUUAACAUCACUUGAUCAAAAUGCAACACUUGCUGAUUAUGAUAAAAAUAAUUGUACAGCAAUGACAAAUGAUAUUAAUAAUAUGGAUAUUAUUCAAUUUGCUGAUGGAUGGUAUUCAUAUCCUGAUCUUAAUACAUUUGAUAGUGAUUUACUUCUUGAUGUAAUUACUAUUCGAAAUAUAAAAUUAACUAAAAUUAUAUCACCAUGGAAUAUUAAAGCAGAGAAUCCAACAACAAUUCCUCUUACUGAAAUCGCUACACGUCAACUUGAAGCAUUGUUUAAUUUAUCUCAAUUACUCUUUGGUUUAGCUCGUGGAGAACAAUCAAACUAUACAUUUCGUGAUUUACAAUUAGGUCAACCACCAAGACGAUUUCAUGAUCAAUAG